GUCGGCCUGCGCAGUGGGCGGAGCCUCUGGAUGCACUCUGACCCCGUAUCCCGCAAGAACGAAAGUGUGAAUGCAGAGGUGUUGGAUCUGAUGAACAAAAUGCAGUCUGCUGCUGCUGGUCUGAAUGUCUCGUUGGGUCAUCCGUUGUUCACGCAGCCGCUGCCGCCCUCGUCUCUCCAGCGGUUCCUGCGAGCCAGACCGAUCCCCGGCCUCGUGCUGGCAGACCAUCAGACAUUGUUCAACAACAGAUACUAUGAGAGCAUGUACGAUGACGUAGAGAACCUGAACGUCACGUAUCCACCCGACCUGAGUCCAGACGAGCAGCUGGUGUACGAGACGGACGCGGCCAAGUCUCUGGCAGAAGUGGCCACACUCGUCGCUCGCUCACUUUACUUACAGGCGGGAGGAGAGGAUAAGAGCCUGAGCAACAUCACCGCUGACCCCAAGAUCGUGAGUCACAUGACCAACACACACACACACACACGCGCACACACACUCACUCACAAUAUGCACUGGUUUCGGUCGCUGCUGCCUCCUGAAGUCACUAAGAAAGGAGACAACAGUAUUCUGAGCUCUGGUCCUCCUCAGUUCUACAUCGGACUCGGUCCUCGCAUCCACGGCCCAGUUCACAGCGUCACGCGCUUCGUUCAGUACAUUCUGGCUAAUCUGACGGGAACCGUCACCAACCUCACGGAGAGCCAGUGCCAGAAUCCCAGCGAGAUCAACACCGAGAACAAAGACUUGUUCUCGUAUUUUUGGGUGUCGGGUCCGGCGUCGCUCAACAGCACCGGAGAGCCGUUCUGCGUCCGAGCGUCCGUGCGUCUCUCCAAAGCCGUCUCUCCUGCCUUCGAGCUUCUGGAGUACGGCUCUCCAAAUUAUUCCACAUGGACCGAGUCCCGCUGGAAGAGCAUCCGAGCGCGCAUCUUUCUGGUGGCCAGCAGAGAACUGGAGAUGUUAACUCUGGGAGUGGGCGUGGCCGUGCUGCUGCUGUCUCUAUUGGUGACCUACUUCAUCAGCUCGAAGGCGGAGCUUCUGUUUAGCUCCGCCCGUGAAACGCCCACAACGGCCUACUGAACAAAACCAGAGUCCAGAAUCUCCAGCCGCUCAUUCAUUCAUUCAUUUCCCUUCAGCACACAAACACACUUCAGUUCACGAGUAAUUUAUUCAAACCUGACGGGAUUAUUGUUGGUUUUGCUGCCAUGGUUUUAGCUGGGCUGGUCUGGACCCUUCUGGAAAGUUUUUUAUACAUAUAUAAUUCCAGAUGUUUUUUCUGAUCAUGACAUGGACGGGCACAUGUGUGUGUGAGUGAGUGAGUGUGCUUGUGUGUGUGUCUCUGUGUGUGUGUGUGUGUGUGA